AUGUCGCUGGAAGCGUUGCAGCAGACCGGCCCGAAACAUGCGACUGUGGAGCGCAAGUACAUCUGGAAGCAGAUGCUUUCCAUGCUUGAUCCUUUCACGAUUGCCGCUGCCAGCAUCCUGAGCCAUCGUGUGCGCACAUGGUGUGUUUCGAAGGAUGGAUUGCUGAAGGUCCCUUGCUUGAUUCUGAAUUAUGCGGCUUCGCAUGCAGACAUGCGUGUGAUCCACGCUCUGCCUGCCAUUGAGAAGGCAGAGCUGGUUGAGUUUGAGCUUUGGAAUAACGGAUGUGACAACGUCUGGGGCAACGAGGAAAUCCAUCUGCGGGAAACGGAUGAACCUACAAGCCAUGAGCAUUUCAGCGUGUGUUUGGGCUGGCUCUUUGGUGCCUUUCCGAAGCUCCGACGAGUGGCCAUCAUCGGAUUGCGAAACAGACUCCAGCUGGUACCUUUGUUGAGAAGCUUACGUCGCUGCCCCGCCCUGGAGGAGCUUUCCCUACAGGAUGCGGACUUCGAAGACGUGGCAAUGUGCGCAGCCUUCGAGGUGGUGCAGGCUCUGCCUGCCUUCCGAGGUCUCUGCAUCCUCCAUCUUGCAGUCAGGCCGGCUUUUGAUGGUAGCGAUAUUGAUCCGGAGUCUCAGACGCUGACAGCCCUGGCUGCAUGCUCCGUGUCCCUCCCAUCACUGCACACGCUUUGCUUAUGCUUGAGCUCCCGGGAAGCUGCGCGCCCAGGCUUUGUAGCUGCGUUGCAGAGAUGUAUCGAUGUCUUCCAUCUGCGCCAGCUCAGCUUAGCCGGCGACAGGUACUUAUCCGAGAGGCUUUCAGCAGUGACAUGGCCCUUCAAGUGCCGCCUGCUCUCACUGGCAGUUCCGCUGGAUGGGCGAAGCUUGUCGAUGCUAGCGACAUCCGUCUGCCAGAACCAGGUCGAAGGCCUGACUCUUCUGUCUCCAGCUGAAGGUCUCGAGGCCCCUGAGCUUCGAGAGUUCCUUACAAUCCUCGCAACUUCAACCUUGCAGUCCUUCACAUGGAGUUUCUGUGGUCUUUAUAUCUCGGGCCUCCAAAGUGAGUCCCGCAUCGCCGUGAGUGAGGGUCUGGGCCACUUGAUCUCAUUCUGCCCAUCUCUCAAGAAGCUGGUUGUCUUCCAUGACGAAAGAUAUCUGGAGCAGAGUCCCUGGCCGGAGCUGGCCAUCUUGGCAAACAUGGCGACCCAGCACGGUGUUUGCUUCCAAAGUCCGCAGGCGCAGCUGCGGAAGCAUGUGAGGCUCAGGCAGGUGUGGCUGAGACCUUCUGUCGGACACUCUCUUUGA